UCGGUCAAGUCAGACCGACACCAUGGCCUCAGAGAACCGGCUGCUCGUGGCUGUUGCUGCUGCUGCUGUCGUGCUUUUUGCUCUCAUUUCACCGAGUGAGGGUAUAAUGGGGGGCAGAGAGGCAGCGCCACACUCGCGCCCCUACAUGGCUUCCAUCCAGGUCGCGGAGGGAGAAAACAUGAAACACGAAUGCGGAGGGUUUCUGGUGGCAGAUCAGUGGGUGAUGACCGCAGCGCACUGUCUGCCGUCUGGCGAGCCCAAUGGAAGGACGGUGGUCUUGGGUGCCCAUUCCCUGACGGCCGCCGAGGAGACAAAACAAAACUUUGACAUUUUGAACGUUUACAAUCACCCAAGUUUCAGCAUGACAAAUUAUGAUAACGACAUUGCACUGAUUAAGUUGGAUCGUCCCACUGUGGCCACCGAAGCCGUGAAAACAGUCGAAUACCUGCGAGAAGGCGGCACAAACCCUGACACAGACGCAGAGGUGGACUCAGCCGGCUGGGGGUCCACCAACAACCUGGACGGCAGAACGGACAGGCUCAAAGAGGUGUUCAUCCAGGUGUUCAACCGGGUUCGGUGCGCACGCAGCGACUACUACGGCAGGAAGCUGACCGGCAACAUGAUGUGUGCAUACAAAGUGUGUGCAGACCCGUGUCCUCACCCAUAUAAGACAGAAGACACUUGUGAUGGUGACUCGGGAGGUCCUCUGCUUUACAACGGGGUGGUUGUGGGCAUCACUUCGAAUGGAGGGAAGAAGUGCGGCAAAGUCAAAAAGCCUGGAAUAUACACCAUCAUCUCCCACUACACCGAGUGGAUUAACAGCACUAUGACCCUGUAAUCCAGAUUACCAGAUCAUAAACAAGCUCAGGCAUUACUAUGUUGUUGUUUUUGUUUCCACUACAAUCCUGCAAAGUCACUCAUCACUCAAAUGUUGGGUAUCUCAACACAGCAACGUUAUGAAAGAAACUAUUGCAUAUUUGCAAGCAGUACUAGAGAAGGUGCAGCAAAUGGCCUCCACACAAGCUAUGAAUAGAUUAAGCAUGAUAAUAUUAUAUUUCUCAACCUAUUAUCAAUGCAUCUUAUCAAGAAAUCAUUAAAACUGUUUAUUACACCGACAUGUCUCGUCUCUCU